CUCUCUCUCUCUCUCCCUCACUCUCUCUCUCCGUGUAUCUCUUUCUCUCUCCGGCCUGCACGAAAUCACGUGGCGUGUGGCUCGCUUGAAUCUUGGCAAGCCAACUUUUGCACAGUGGUUUGGCCCCGAGGUGCAGGGUGGUGCAGACGACUCGUUUCGCUCAGAGAGCAGAGCAGGGCAGGGCAGGGCAGGGCAGGGGGCAGGGGGCAGGGAGCAGGGCGGGGGAGAGGACCUGGCGCCGGGUGCGCAGGCAGGCAGCGAGCAGCUUUAUAAUGUGCCCGGCAGCAGUUUCUCAUUAGCAGCACUUAAACGUAUUCUUUCUGACGAUUGCUCCACCGCAGAGGCCUCGCGUCUCUUGCUUGCUAGCUUAUGCGCAUGCUUGAUUCAUAUCCCCAAGGGCUAGGUUAGCGUCCUUUGCCCUCGGGGCGACUCAACUCCUCGUAUAUCUGUCGAUUAUGGUCGCCCCUUGAGAAGCAGCCGAGGUUUGCUCCCGAAUUUGGCCGGAUCAGCAGCACCACCAAUGGGUUCCAUGGAGAGACGCUGCUCGUGGCCGAGCGAAGACGUGGGUGGGGUCCGAUGGUAGCCGAGUGAGUGUGAGGAGCAGCGAACGAAGGUGCAGGAGAAGAGGAAGCUCAAUCUCAACAACAACAAGAAGAACAAGAAGAAGAAGAGGAAGCAGAAGAAGAACGCCAAGAGGAAGAGAUCGGAGUCCUGGGGUGCUAAGAUUUCCCCUUCCACCCUCGAGAGGGGAAGAAGUCAGAAUUUAUUGUAUAACGAGUCACAACAGAGUGCAACAUGACUAUGGAUAUGUGGAACAAAGUUUGGAGGCGCAAGCCUCUCCAUAACGUAAGGGAGAGCGUCCUCGCUAGACAUCUGAAAGCGAUUCAGCUCGUUCCCAUAGGUGUUGGAUCCACGAUUGGUGCUGGUGUUUAUGUCCUGGUGGGAACCGUUGCUAGAGAGAAAGUAGGGCCGGCCCUUCCUCUUUCCUUCCUCAUCGCUGGUAUCGCUGCUGCUCUGUCAGCUCUUUGCUAUGCGGAAUUGGCCAGCCGCUGCCCGUCAGCUGGCAGCGCAUACCAUUAUGCAUAUACAUGUGUGGGAGAGGGAUUGGCCUGGGUAAUUGGCUGGGCCUUAAUUUUAGAAUACACCGUCGGAGGCUCCACAGUCGCUCGGGGGAUAUCUCCGAAUCUGGCAAUUUUCUUUGGUGGAACGGAUCAUUUGCCACAGUGGCUGAUUCGGAGAGAGCUUUGGGGUAUCGUUGUUGAUCCCUGUGCUGGUAUCCUCGUCCUGCUGGUAACCGUACUUUUGUGUGUCGGUAUCCGAGAGAGUGCAGCGGUGCAGGCUUUUAUGACGUGUGCCAAUGUCCUGGUCCUUUUGUUUAUCAUCGGAGCAGGUGGAUACACUGGAUUUAAAACUGGCUGGCAGGGAUAUAACACCGAUGGCGGAUACCUUCCGUAUGGAGCUAAUGGGAUCCUCGCAGGUGCAGCCACACUAUUCUUUGCAUACAUAGGCUUCGAUACCGUAGCAAGCACUGCUGAAGAGGUGGUGAAUCCGCAAGUCGAUUUGCCUUUGGGUAUCGCAUUAUCACUGUUCGUCUGCAGUACUUUGUACAUGGUGGUAUCAUUCGUUAUCGUGGGCAUCGUUCCUUACAACAUGAUGGAUGUUGAUACGCCAAUGUCAACUGCAUUCGCCAGCAAUGGGAUGCCCUGGGCAAUGUAUAUCGUAACUGCGGGUGCAGUAGCAGCCUUGUCUACAACUUUGAUGGGUUCUCUCCUUCCCCAGCCCAGAAUUUUGAUGGCUAUGGCCAGAGACGGUCUGUUGCCCAAAUUCUUCUCUAGAGUCAACAAGACCACAAAAGUACCAGUGAAUGGAACGCUGAUUUCAGGACUGGCAGCAUCUAUCAUGGCCUUCUCGAUGGACGUCGAUCAGCUAGCCGGAAUGGUCAGUGUUGGUACGCUUUUGGCGUUCACAAUUGUUGGGGUAUCUACACUGAUCUUGAGGUACGCAUCACCGACGGACGUGUCGGCUCGUAACGCUUCUCCUCCUACUGCACUCCCUCCUUCAACACAGCCACUGCUUGCAACAGGCGGUGCAACACCAGCAAUGGCUGCACCGAAACCAACAUUGGUGUCGAUGAUUGCCAGAAGAAACUACUUCACUCCUGUUUUCUCCCUGUUGUCGGAAUCUUCAAUAAAUUCGCUGCCCGGGUUCUUGCAAAACAUCGAGGACCCAGACUCCGAUCUCGAAGAUGAUCACCGUGAAGACAGGGAUGGAAAUUCACCAUUUGUGAACAGAGACUCAACGCAAGAACAACUAUUACCUGCAUCACCUUCAAGUGAUUCAGAACAACCUACUUCCGAAAUGACAAGAGAAGAGGCCAGGCGUUGGGCUGCUGCCCUUGGUAUUGGAAGCGUGAUCAUUGGUGUAAUACUAUUCAGUCUUGCUGUGUCGUUCUCCAUUCCGAAGUACCUCCAGUGGGCAGUGGCUGGAUUUGGUGGACUCGGCAUUCUUGGUGGUCUUGCAGUGCUUGGUCUCAUUGAACAAGACGAAGGUCGCAACAAAUUCGGGGCUCAAGGCGGUUUCCAAUGCCCUUGGGUUCCUGUUCUACCCGUAGCUUCCGUUCUGAUAAACGUGUAUCUUCUUGUAAAUCUAGGGGGAGGCACCUGGAUGCGAGUUGGCAUAUGGUUAACUCUAGGUGUGCUUCUCUAUGCAACUUAUGGUAUCAGUCACAGUUCUUUGUCCCGGGAGCAGGCAAGGGAGGUUCGACGAUCACUCUCUCAAUCGCAAUCUCAGAACCACCGUAGCACCAGUCAACAUGUUUCAUCUGCACCUGUGCCGAUCAGUCACGUAUAAACCUUGCGGUGGUGAAUUUUGUAGCCAGACAUUCGUCUUCCCUAGCUUAGAGACUGAUUUUCACUCAACACGGACUUCUAUCAGAAUGCUGCAGGCCUGCCUUGUAACAGUAUUGAUUGGCUUUCGGAUACCAAGAAUUGGGUGUAAUACAGCACAACAAGCGGCACGAUUACAUCUCCAUGCUAAUAACAUACCCGGAAUUUGGGCCUUCGAAGAGUACAUGGGGUUGACAAAUGCUAUUCAGGGUCAGAAGGUAGAAGGGAGCCAGCGUCUGUUUGCAUGGCCAGAUGUGCUAGAGAGGAAGGCUCUGGUCACAUGUUGCUGCAGAUGAAAGGUCCGUUUCUCCAGCAGACUGGUUUCAUGGAAAUGAUACUCACAACGAUGAUGAAAUUCCAUGCGAGGCAAGUGACAGCACGGAACUAGAAACUACUCAUGACGAUGUCAAUUGUUGGUCUUGUCACGGUACCAAGCUUAUUGUGCCUUGGAAGCGACCGAAUCCAGCUCAAGCUUGACGAAAUUACACAUAAUGGGAGUUGGUUCAUUUUUAUGAAAUAGUGCUGCUGUACAGACAGGGGUAGACUAAAAAGCGAGUCUAAUCACGGAGAAUUGUGUUUUGUCGCCUUAUUACUGGGAGAUUACCAAGGAUUAGAACCUAGAUGAGGAGAAGAACGGUUUAGACGACCACCUACUGUAGAAUAUCCCUCCAUUCAUUGUAGAUUCAUGCCAAAUUUGAUGAAAAGGGCAUGAAUUGUUUCCAUACAUAAAAAAAAUUGUACUUAAUUACGUUAUCCGAAAACACGACAGCCUCAAGAAUUUUUCUGUCACAAGUUUUAUUG